UAUGAAGCUUUUGCUAGUGUUGAUGUGCUUUGUAGGCAAAUUGGUGGUUUCUGAGAAUUGGAAGCCACUGAACCCAGAGGAAACGUUUUUCAUGUUUGUUCGCUGUGUUGAAAAUAAUAUUGGAAAAUCGACCCACAAGCUGCAACACAUGCAAGCCUGGAGCAAAUGGGAAAACUUUGGACCGGAAGAGGAAGCUUCCUACUGUUUCUUCAAGUGCUGCAUGGAGGGAUACGGUUUGUAUGACCCUUCGACAGGAAAUGUUAAGGCCGCGAGAAUCCAAACCCAAUACGACUCAUACAAAACGUACCCAAACUAUGAUGUUGGUUCGACCAAAAUAGCUGAAAUCGUAUCGGCGUUCGCAAAAGUCACUGAAAGUGUCGAUAACAACUGCACGGCAGUCUACGCCAGGUUUGAACCAAUUUACAAACACUUCAACGACUCAUUCCAGAUUAUUUAUCAUGGACAUCAUGAUUACGUACGUCCAGUUUAUCAGGCCAUGAGUCAAACGAUGAAAAGUCCUCUACACUCACAAUUCCAAUUUUGUUGGAACAUUUUAUCCGAUGAUGCUCGUACAGUUUUAUGCGCCAAUAAAGAAAAAAGGAAGACUACCAAUGUAUCAAAUGACAGCAGUUUUUCUCCAUACAUCAACUGUGUGUUCAAAGGCUUGCGCUAUUUGAAUGCUGAUUCUAGCGUUAACGCUCAGGAAAUCAUGAGAGACUUUUACCUGGUCAACAAAACUAGCAACUCUAUCAUCUCCGACCUUCAAAGUUGGGUUCCAGAAAUAAACGGACAAGGUGCCGAAUAUAGAGCAGCAAGUCUUUUCGAUAAGCUUACGGGUGCUGCGGGCGCUUCCGAAGAUUUGAAUGAAGCUUGGGACUAUCGUGAAAUUCGUUCCAAGAACUAUACUUAUGCUCUUAGAAAUGGAGGAGUUUAUAAUAGAGCUGAUGUAAAGGCUCUCGUAACACAAAUUGAUGAAGCUCUCUGUCCAUCUUCAACUAUUGAAGAUACUGGAGUCAUUGUUGCUUAAUGACCUGUAAUUCCAUAUCAUAAAUUAUACACUGUGAGGGAUGUAAAACUUAUACAUAUCUAUCAUGCAGCAUCAAAUGAAUUUUAAUAUAUUUAUAAAAGGUGAAAUUUAGAGAACUUUUAAAACAGCUUACAAGGUAAAAGUUCUAAGGGAAGAAAAAACUAGAACUCAGAUUCAACGCCCUAGUCUGAUCAUCCACAAACAGGUUUGCUUGCACCUUUCAUCCCUAUCCAGACAGUCAUUUUCCCAACCUAGAUGCAAUCACAGUGCAAUAUCGGCCUAGUGAAGAUGAAUGAACAUAAAAAUAAAGGAAAAAAAAUAACAGCAAACCUCUCCAAAACAUAAUCUACCAUCACGAUUGCGGGAUUAAGGAACCUAACUUUGGCUAGAGCCAAAGAAGAAGAAGAGCUACAUUGCUUCAUGUUGGCUUGUUGUUUCCUAAUCGAUACCUCGUGAGGCUAAUUUGUCUGGACCAAAGUCGAUCGAUUGUUUUAAGUGGGUUUCACAUGAGAACAAUCUUUCUCCGGUUUGCUUUUUUUUUUCUUCCAAUGAGCAGAUCUCAUUGGGGUCUAUUUCGAAACAUUUUUCAACAACUACAACUAAUACAUGGAAUGGAGCUGCAGCAGAACUUACGUUUUCUGUUUUCAAGAAGCAUGGGAAAUUUGUUUGCCUUCAUCAGUUGUUGCUGCUGCUGCUGCUGCUGCUGAUAGUGGAACGUGUGCAUUAUGUUUUACAGGUUUUCAUCGGGAGGCUUCCUGGCCUUAUGGAGUUGAGAAGCAGGUGGCGCUAGAUCAGCACUUGUAUUUGCAGCAUUUCUAACAGCUUCGAAACAGAAGCAUGUUCCUUGUUCCUGGGAGGCAAAGUUCCCCGGAGGUUACAUAUGGGAACAUGUUUCAGCACUUCUUGUUGAUUGUAAUCAGUAGCAUCACUGGUUUACUGGAUUUCUGGAGAUAUUUUUUCCGAUUUUUUUUUAAAUAAGCUGGAGGUUUGUGUAGGGAUGAGAUGAAGAAUAUACAGAAAAUAAAUCAAAUUUAAUUAGGAAUAAAAUAAAAUAAUAGAUGUAUUCGGCAACACUGUAGAUGAAUAAAAUAAAAUAAAUUUCUAUGAGAACAUUUGCUAUUUUGGCAGCACUUGACAAACAAACAAAACAAAGGCAGUCAUUGAUCUAUUCUUGCGAGCGACAGACGUGUUUAGGUGAAUCUCUGAAUUGAGAUUCGUAAAAUCACGACAGUUUGGACGGAUGAUGCCCUCGGGUGCCUGGGGCUAUUUUAUCGAGGGUUUAAAUUAUAUAAAGCCUUUACGAAAUUCGAUAAGGCCGGAACAAAUUUCAAAUUCUUCUUUUGUCACUCGGAGUUGGAACAUCGCGAGGGGGGGGGACAAUAA